CACUGCAACCACCACGAAACAAUCAUGUCAUCACAACCAUCCGCCGACCCAGCUGCUGCCUGCCCAGUCGACCAUGCAUCGCGUGAAGCAUGGCUCAAGCAAGCACGCGCCCAGAACGCCGCAAACCCCCCAUCAUCACCACACGCCCACCCUCCAACAGCUCCCGCCGCCGCCUCAAAUCCUCUUUCGCAGACCCCACAGAGUUGCGACUCCUCGCAGAUAGACCAAUCAAUGCCCAAGUCCUCAUCCGCCUCAUCAUCAGCACCCACCGCCUCUAAGAUCCUCAGCUCAAUACAAGGCGGUAGUUUAGCCACUCAGCGCGAAAUAUCAUCGAUCCCACGCGCGGGACUCAAUUCGUCUGAAUCCGCGCCAGGAGCAAGACCAGCAAACAGCGAAAAGGAUACAGGCGCCGAUAAGGCGACAGGUAACUGGAUCUAUCCGUCUGAACAAAUGUUCUUCGACGCCAUGAAGCGCAAAGCCUACGAUCCCAACACCGCGGAUAUGAAGACGAUAGUACCGAUUCACAACGCGGUCAAUGAGCGCGCGUGGAAGGAAAUAAAACAAUGGGAGAAUGGGAGAGGUGCUGAUGCAUGCGGUGGCCCACGUCUGGCUUCCUUCUCCGGCCUCGCGACCUCACUUACCCCACGUGCCCGCUUCAACACGCUGCUAGGAUACAAGCCGCCCUUUGACCGCCACGACUGGGUCGUCGACCGUUGUGGUACCAAGAUCGAGUAUGUGAUUGACUUUUAUGCGGGGAAAGACGAAGGCAAGCCCGGCAAAGAGCUCAACUUUUUCUUGGAUGUAAGACCCAAGCUGAACACGUGGGAGGGAGUUAAGUUGCGGGCAUUGAAGUUUGUGGGGCUGUGA